UUGAUGGUUAGAUGCAUAUCUCAACUUUCUCUCUCUCUGCAACUGUUUGAUUUGCUUUUGAAAAUUGCUUUGCAAGAAAGUGAGAUAAAAUAUGAAUUUGAGAUUGUCUCUUCCUCUGAUCUUGUUUUUGAUUAUAGUUCCUCAAUCAAUUCAAGGUUCCAUCUUCAAAACCUUCUCAAAUACGCUAUCUCCCAAAUCUCCUCCUUACUCAUUCGUCUUCCCUCUCUCCGGCAAUGUCUUCCCUCUCGGAUAUUACUCGGUCUCUCUUAAAAUAGGAAAUCCUCCAAAGGACUUUACUUUUGAUAUUGAUACUGGCAGUGAUCUCACAUGGGUUCAGUGCGAUGCUCCUUGCUCUGGCUGCUCUGUGCGUACUGAACUUCAGUACAAGCCUAAGUCAAACACUGUCCCAUGCUCAGACCCAAUUUGCUCAGCUCUACACUGGCCUCAGAAGCCUGAAUGUCCGAACCCUAAAGACCAAUGCGACUACGAGGUUGAAUAUGCUGAUCAAGGUUCAUCAAUGGGUGCACUUGUCGUUGAUCAGUUUUCUUUAAAACUCCUAGACGGCUCGUCUUUUGUACCUCGCUUAGCAUUCGGGUGUGGUUAUGAUCAGUAUUUCCAUAGUGCACAUCCUCCGCCUGCUACUGUUGGAGUUUUGGGGCUUGGGAAAGGGAAAAUCAGCAUCUUGACACAGCUUGUCUCAGCCGGACUAACUAGAAAUGUGCUUGGGCAUUGCUUAAGCUCUAAAGGUGGAGGCUUUUUGUUCUUUGGAGACAAUGUCAUUCCUUCUACUGGUGUAUCCUGGACAACAUUAGUGUCACCUAUGUAUAACAACCACUACACGACUGGACCAGCCGAGCUUCUUUACAACGGGAAGCAAACAGGUUUAAGUGGCCUCAAAUUCAUUUUUGAUUCCGGAAGCUCCUAUACUUAUUUCAACAGCAAGACAUACCAAGCAAUAGUUAACCUGAUUGGAAAUGAUCUGAAAGGUAAACCGUUGAAGGAUGUGAAAGAGGAUAAGACUUUAGCAAUAUGUUGGAAAGGAGCUAAGCCUUUGAAAUCUGUUCUUGAGCUCAAGAACUUGUUCAAGACCUUAACAGUCAACUUUAAGAAUGGCAGAACAAACUCUCAGCUCCAGAUCCCACCUGAGUCUUAUCUCAUCGUCUCUAAAACUGGGAACGUCUGUUUGGGAAUACUCAAUGGAAGUGAAGUAGGAUUACAAGACUCCAACGUAAUUGGAGAUAUAUCUAUGCAAGGGACUAUGGUGAUCUACGACAAUGAGAAACAACAACUCGGAUGGGUUUCUGCUGAUUGCGAUAAGCUUCCAAAGUGAUGAUAGAUAUGAAAGAUUCACCAUAUUAUAACUUCAUAGUCUGAAAUUUCACAAAUAAAACAAUUGAGUGACCAUCAAUACCAUUAAAUCAGAUUCAUUCCUGAUUUAUGCCCUUAAUGAAUGUUUUAAAGUUUUCCAAAAUUAUCUUUAAUGAUAUGAACAAACUUAAAAAUU